CCAUCAACCCCACCAUAUCCAGAUACGCAGAAGAAAUCAACAUAAAAAAGAGAAAAGCAUCACAACAACUCUUCAGAAAGCAAUAAUCUUUCUACCAUCGAGCCAAAAGUACCACCGGUGAAUCACUCCUAGCGUUUCUUCAUAUUCGGACAUCAGGAACGAACCAACCCCACUACCCCUCAUCAGUAACGACGAUAGAAAUACUUCUUACCUCACACAACUUUCAAUACAUCUUACAGCAGAAUAAACUCUGACACUCAAUAACGAUGGCAAACAACCCACUAGGCACGGAGAGUAUUCUCCAGCACAUGGCAGAUGCCCUGCCUACACAUCCUCAAGGCGAUACCGGUUCAGAUUUCAGCAGUUCAUAUGAAGCUAUCGCUCUGUUUGCGCACGCAUGCAUGGCAGCUGUUGGAUUCAGAUUAGUAGGCUUUGGAGAAGGACAGAAGAUGGAAGCGGAAUGUACUCGACUUGCUCCUCGAUUAGCACCACAAUGGAAUUCUUCAUUCGGCUCACAUUCCUUCCUUUACGCACAUUCACAAUCUUCAAUGCAAUAUGUAGUCAAGAUUGAUAGAUUAGGAGGCAAGGCAGAAAUCAGAGGUAUCGGCUUAGGCGAUGAACGUAUCUCCAGAUUCGAAGUGACGGCCAAGGACUACGUUUCCUCCGCUGCCCUUCCACUACGAAUCACACUCAACCAGUCUGGCGAAGAGGACCGUUCCGACUUGCCGUCGAAACUCAAAGACAUUUUCAUCUCUCCCUCAAGAAUCCAGGACCUCGCAUCUCUCUUCAAAGUCACCAUAAUCCAAAAGUUAAUGCCAGGCCUCCACAAAGAAGGUUACGAAGAAGCUUCCAACGCUGGUGCUUCAGCUAGAGAAGAUGCUGAAGACGAAAGAGCAGAAGGCCAUGCUCGUAGGAAUCCACGUCAAGAUCCCCUCCGUGAUCCAGGCCUUCCAGAACCAGCUCGACCCUAUCCCUUCAUGCCUGACGUCGCUCAACCCCGUCACCCUGUUCCUCAAGGAGACUUCCCACCCCCAGGAUUCGAUGACGAAUAUGAUAUGAACAGACCACUACGUGGCAUGGCUCCCCAAUUUCCUGGUGCGAGCUCACCAUUCAAUAUCGGACACGAUGAUUUGAACCCUCCUGGCCUAGGACCCCAUGAUCCCCUUCGAGGAAGUUUUGUCGGCGGUGGUGGUUUGCCGAGGCCUGGUGGGAUGGGAGGCAUGCAUCCUACGUUCGAUGACCCGUUGUUUGGUGGUCAAGGAGGUGUUGCGAGACAAGAUCCUCGAGCCCCUCCUGGAGCGAGGUAUGAUCCUUUAGGACCCGGUGAUGGACCGCAGCGUGGUGGUAAUGGUCGACCUCCGAACCCAUUUGGCGGCUUCGGGAGUGGUGAUUUCAUUUAGGGCAGCAAAAGGGGAUGAUUGUACGAUUGUGGUGAUGGUUUUGUAGAAUGUCAAAUUUGGUAUCCUGGACUGGUACGAUUUUGAUCUCGUAUCACCAACUCUGGCAGGAGGGAAUAAUAGUAGCAUAUCAAAUGCAAUGUUCUUCCAUCU